UGCUCACAGGAACUUGAGAAAAUAGCUUGGAAAGAAAUGGUAAAAAAAAUAUGGGUUGGAAAACAACGAUUCGGUUAAUGACACCAGUGGCGGACUUGGGCUUAGACCUGGUGGGUCAAGUGACUCACCAGGCCCAAAAAAAAAUUUUAAGUUAAUUUUUUAAAAAAAAAAAAAAAAAAAAAAAAAAAAUCAGUUUUCCCAAAUUCACGAAUUCAGUAUUUCAGUUCAUGGCCUUCAAUCCUUCAUGCCCUAGCCAAUUCGCCUCUUCCCUAAUUCCCUUCAAGGCUUCAAUCCUUCGCCAUCAUCAAUCACCUAUUCACCUCCAUAAUCGCCUCCUCCAGUCCUCCUCUUCGCAGUUCGCAACUCGCAACUUCGCAAGUAAGCAUCUUCCUCACUCCUCAGUUAGUCAGUUCCUCUUCGCAGACUCGCAGUUCGUGCCUUCGACCCUUCGUCUUCCUCUUCGCAUAAAUUCAGGUGAGCUGUGAUGCUGUGAUGCUGGCCUGCUGCCCUGUGAGCUUGUGAUUUCAAGCUGUGAAAUGGUGAAUUUGUUAAUUGUUCAAGCUGUGAUACUGCCUGCUGGCCUGCUGCUCGCCUAGUCGGCAGUCGCCUGCUGCCCUGCUCCACUGCUCGAGAGUCGAGAGCGUGCUCUGCGCUCACCGCUCUUCGCUUCGUCGCUUCUUCUAAAGUCUAAUCUCCUAUUCUCAUUUUGCUAGUAAGUUGAUUUCUAAUUUUUAGUUUAAAAUUCUAAUCUUCAAUUUAAUCAAGUCUAAUUAGUUAAUUCUAUUAAACUUUGGUUGAUUUGUUAGUUGUUCACUUCAAGUCUUCAAUCACUUGUUUGUUUGGUAAACUUUGAACCUUUUGUUAAUGAGUAAUGACCUUAAUGUAAUAAUGUUGUUGGGUUUUAGAUGAAAUUUGAACCUUUUUGACCAUGUGAAUAUGUGAUUAUGUGAAUUGUGGUUUGUUUGGUAAAAUGAUCUUUGUAAAUAAUUUUUCUGGGGAAUUUUGCUUGCUUUAGUUGAUUAUUUAUUCAAAUUUCAGAAUGAAGAGAAAACGCACUCCAAAUGAACUGCAAAACAUUACUAGCUUCUUUGCUAAAAAGAAUCCUACUUCAACUUCUCUUCCACAUCCCACACAAAAUGAACAAACUAUAUCUCCACCUCAACAGAGUGAACAAACUAUAUGUCCACCUCAAGAAAGUGAACAACAUUCAUCUCCAUCUAAUUAUUCCACUCAAAAUUCCCCUCAAAAUGAACAAGGCCAAUGUUCUCCUAAUGCCCCAAUCUUUGGUGAAAGAUUAAGUGAACAUGAAUUUGCUAAUCUUCCACAAGAUCCAGGAAAGAGGAGAAAGAUGAGUCAAUUUCAUAAAGAUGAUAGAGAUUUAGUGAGAAGAAUUUACAUUCAAAGAAAGCCUUGUCAGCCCAAAGACUUUAUAUUUCCUCAAACUUCUAUUUUUGGCAAAAACCGUCGCUUUUGUGCUAAGUGGUUUGAUACUUGGACUUGGCUUGAGUAUAGUGUGGAAAAGGAUGCUGCCUAUUGUUUCCCUUGUUAUCUAUUCAAGGAUGAAAAUGCAUUUGGAGGUGAUGCUUUUGUUAGUGAUGGUUUCAAAUCAUGGAAUCGAUCGGAUUUAAUAAGAAAACAUGUGGGUAAGCACACGAGUGCACAUAAUAAUGCAGUGUUAGCUAUGGAUUUCGGUAAAUUUUUUUUUUUAGAUACUUGAUUAUCGAUUGUGACUCACCAGUCGGAAAUUCCUGGGUCCGCCACUGAAUGA